GGGAAUAUCACCAACAGCACCUUGGAGAGCUUGAAAAAGGAAAAUUACAGUACCUAUAGCCAAGCUGCAGCUCAGCAGGGCUACAGCGCCUAUGCACCUCAGCCAGCCCAAGGAUAUGCACAGACCACCCAGAAUCCAAGUUACUACAACCACAUUUGUCUGCAAACUCCAAGUAUGUUCCCAAAGACCUACGGGCAGCAGAGCUACGGGACCUACGGGCAGCCCACCGACGUCAGCUACACGCAGCCGCAGACCACGGCCACGUACGGGCAGACAGCCUACGCCACGUCCUACGGGCAGCCCCCGACAGGUUACAGCGCCCCGACUGCCCCCCCUGCCUACAGCCAGCCCGUGCAGGGCUACGGCAGCGCCGCCUACGACACCAACACGGCCACGGUCACCAGCAGCCAGACCUCGUACGCCGCCCCGUCCGCAUACGGCACCCAGCCCGCCUACCCGGCCUACGGGCAGCAGCCGGCCCCGUCCGCUCCCGCCAGACCCCAGGAUGGCAGCAAACCGGCAGAGACCAGCCAGCCCCAGUCCAGCACGACAGGCUACAGCCAGCCCAGCCUGGGCUACGGGCAGAGCAACUACAGCUACCCCCAGGUGCCUGCCAGCUACCCCAUGCAGCCUGUCACCGCUCCACCCUCCUACCCUCCGACCAGCUAUUCCUCCACACAGCCAAGCAGUUACGAUCAGAGCACUUACUCCCAGCAGAGCAGCUACGGGCAGCAGAGCUCCUAUGGCCAGCAGACCAGUUAUGGCCAGCAAAGCAGCUACGGGCAGCAGCCACCUCCCACCAGUUACCCACCUCCCACGGGAUCCUACAGCCAGGCCCCCAGCCAGUACAGCCAGCAGAGCAGCAGCUAUGGCCAGCAGAGCUCCUUCCGCCAGGACCAUCCCAGCAGCAUGAACAUGUACGGGCAGGAAUCCGGAGGCUUCUCCGGCCCCGGGGAGAGCCGGAAUCUGAGCGGCCCCGAUAGCCGGGGCAGGGGACGAGGGGGAUAUGAGCGUGGAGGCAUGAGCAGAGGUGGGCGGGGAGGAGGACGCGGUGGAAUGGGCAGCGCUGGAGAGCGAGGUGGCUUCAAUAAGCCUGGUGGACACAUGGAGGAAGGACCCGACCUGGAUUUAGGCCCCCCCAUGGACCCGGAGGAGGACUCGGACAGCACUGCAGUCUAUGUGCAGGGACUCAAUGAUAAUGUGACCCUGGAGGAUCUGGCAGAUUUCUUCAAACAGUGCGGUGUUGUCAAGAUGAACAAGAGGACGGGGCAGCCCAUGAUAAACCUCUACAUCGACAAGGAAACGGGCAAGCCCAAGGGCGAUGCCACCGUGUCCUACGAUGACCCGUCCACUGCCAAAACAGCCGUGGAGUGGUUUGAUGGGAAGGAUUUCCAGGGGAGCAAGCUGAAGGUGACCCUGGCGCGGAAGAAGGGCCCGAUGAACAGCCUGAGGGGCGGGAUACCCCCCCGGGAGCAGCGGGGAAUGCCCCCACCCCUCCGUGGAGGUCCAGGGGGACCCGGUGGCCCAGGGGGCCCCAGCGGGCCCAGCGGCCCCAUGGGCCGGAUGGGGGGAAGAGGCGGAGACAGGGGCGGCUUCUCCUCCAGAGGACCGCGGGGAUCCCGGGGAAACCCGUCCGGAGGGAGCGUGCAGCACCGCGCCGGAGACUGGCAGUGCCCCAACCCGGGCUGUGGAAACCAGAACUUUGCCUGGAGAACAGAGUGCAACCAGUGCAAGGCGCCCAAACCGGAGGGGUUCCUCCCGCCCCCCUUCCCUCCUCCAGGCGGUGACCGCGGCCGAGGCGGCCCCGGGGGGAUGCGGGGCUCCUCCGACGAGAGCUGCUGCUUCCCGGCCUCCUGGGACAACCGGGAGACCGCGGGGAACCCGGGCUCCGACACCGACUGGGCCACCGGGGAGGACGAGCUGAUGGAGAUGGAGGAGACCCCCGGGCCCCCGGCGCGGCCCUGGGCCAAGCCCCGGCUGGACACGCAGCCCCACAAGGCUCCGUCCCGGAUCCCCACGCCCCGGGGGUACGGGGCAGGCGCCCAGCGGGCCCCGAACGGCAGCCCCAGGGCCUGGGGGGCUCUGCAGAGCGUCCCCCCCUCCCUCCUGGAGCCCCCCUGGAACCCGCGGGAGCGCGGGGGACUGGAGGAGAAUGCGUGGCCGUGA